AUGUUCCCGGCUUCCUCCUCAUCGACGCUGAAGAAUCGCAAAAGUUCACAGCAUAUGCUGUAUGACACGCAUAAUGGAUUGAAAUCACGUCGAUAUAGUGAUACUGAAGAAUUUCACCCCCACGAAAUUUCACAUCUUUCACCACUGCCCUCGUCACCAAUGUUAUCACCUGCCAUAUAUCCACAUGGACCUCAGCAACACUCCCGAUCUCCUCAUUCUGGCCACUCUUCGACAUAUCCAUCGCCAAACCCUAGAUAUUCGCGUAGGUCAUCAUAUGCACAACGACCUUCGUCACCUUCGACGGCCUCUUCAUCACCACCCCCUGUCACUUCCCCUCUCAUUGCUUUUACGCGCUUGAACGAUGAUCAUCACUAUGCGUAUGCAUCGAGAGUUCAAAUUGUCGGUCGGGAUACCAAUGAGUCAGACUUGGUUCGGGAUGGGCAGUACGACGAGGAUGUACGAUAUUUUUCCCAAAACGACGAAAAUGAUUUGAGGCCUAAGCUACCGAGCUUCAAGUCCCUGUUUGGCAAAAGCGAGCGUUAUGACUCUCUGGUACAAAGGCCAGAAGAGGAGGACCUGCGUAUCCGUACAUAUUCUUCGCCGAUAUCGUCUCCGUCCUUCGAAGCGACCCUUCCUCCUCUCAAAAAUUUCUCUGUAAUUCGACCCAAACCCGACGUCACCUCAUCAUACACAUUACAACCCAUUACCAAAACUAGUAUACCUUCGACUCCCCAGCACAUCAAAGGCUAUACGGAAAUUGAUGUAAAUAAACUACAGGAUAAUUGCACUCGAAAUCGGACCUCGAGUCGUACAAACGCAGCAUUUGGACAUGUGUUAUUGGAUCUCGAAAGCACCAUUCCUAUCCAAACAAUUUCUUCACAUAUUAUCCAUCAAACUCCCACUCGUCGAAAGAAUCUGUUUUCAGACACAGACACACCCUCUACAUCAAAAGAUACCGAAAUUAUAUUCUUCUCUCCGAGCAAAGUUUCACCCUUUCCCCGUCGAACGUACUUCCAAGAGUCAUCUGAACGUGAACGGUGCACCCCGGAACCUGUCAAUGUACGUUACAGGUUGAAUCAGCUGGUUGAGAUUGCAGAUAUGGCCAACCCAGAUUUCUCGGAAGCCAAAGUAGAUGUGCUUCAGCAGUCUCCGGAUCAGACGGAAGAGGCUUUGUACAUUGACUCCGCCACCUCACCGUUAUCCUCUCCAUCCGCGUAUCUGUCGUCAUUACCCCCUUCGUCUCCGCCGACCUCGGAAGCCCAACUUUCUCCCCUGAUGCAUGGGAAUGAUCUUUCUGUCACCACAGCUACUCCCCUGACAGAUGUUAUGAAUCUUACAGCAGAGCCUCGAGUUGAUGUAGACUGCCUGGGACUUCAGGGCAUAGAGUCGCAUAAAUCUCUCAAUCCUGUUUCUGACGAAGUAUCUCAGCUCGAAGACAAUAGCUCUCCAACGUCGGCGCUUACGCAGGACCUUAUAGUCACAAACUUUGCCGUGGAAGCUGACGAUGACGACGACCACCCCUUUUCGCCUGCCGGAGCCAUCGAUCUUGAAUCGAAUAAAGUGGCCGCAACAUUGGUUACAGAAGAGUCAGCACCAGAACUGAAUCAAAAUACAGAAAGCCAACAUUCGCCAUCACAGGUAAUCGACGACUGUGGCCCAUACAAAUCAUCCUCGAAUAAAGAUGAACCACCGCCUGCUUCCAUCUUCAGUGAAUCAAAGCUACUUUCUAUCAGUGCCGACUCAGCACAAGUUCUUCCGGUUGCUCCGUACCCUUCUACUUCUAUUUCUGCGCUCAAAGCCUCACCUAAACAACUUCCAGCGAAAAGCAAGAACAAAACCAAGAUGAAAUCUACUUCGUCAGCUCCUUCAAUUUCCUCCAGUGCACCCCGUGUUACUGUAACUGUCGUGAAACGAAUGAGGCCUGUUCCGAAAAUUCACCACAUCGUUAACGAGGCGUCGGUAAAGAAAGGAACAUCCAUGUCGAUAAAAGGGAAGGAGAAGGGAUCUUCGAAGACAAAGCCACUGGACUCACAUUCCUCGUCCUCGAAACGUGGCCGAACCAGUCAGACAGCUUCGAAGGGUAAGGUAUUGGAUGAUCCACCGAGAAAAAAGUUGAAACUCAUUACCGAGGAAGACCAAACAAAUACGGCAUCAAACUCUCUCCCUUCUUCUCUCGCUGAAGCUAUAUGCACCUCUUUUGACACCUCAAAUACCUCCAUAACGGAUUCUUUAUCCAUUGUUCCCGCAAAACGCAAGGCAUCCCACGAAAUACCUUCUCCAGAGAUAUCAAAUUCCUCUGCACAUUCUCCAACAAUCUCUUCCAAGCAUUCUCCCGCCUUCCCUUCACAUUCCUCGAAUCCACAGAAAAGGCUCCGGACCGUGCCCGUUGAAGUUCCUGUCCCAUCAAAGGACAAAUCCUCUUCUCCGACAGACAAUAAUACAUGGGUGGAUGAAAACUGGGUGGAUGCAGUUGCUGCUGCUUAUGGGUCUCCUCAUCAUUCACCCCAAACCCUCAGAAGAAAGACUGCAGCCAAGACCAUGCCAGAAAUCGGCUCCAUCGAAGACGAAGAUGAAGACGAUAACGAGCGGCGGUCGCUCAAGGUCAAGUUCCUUCGAUCUCCGCACAAGCGAAUUGUCAUAGAAUCUGAAUCUGAAGAUGAAGAUGAUGAGGUGGAGAAAAGGCUACCUCUUCGACAGUCCUCCAGGCAAAUGGUUGACUCUGACUCGGAACCUGAGAUCGAGCGACGCUCCAAAUCUCAUACGUCCCACCCUGCGCUAUCGAACGAUGUAGAGUCAUCGGAAUCCGAACUCACUGACUCUGAUGAAAGUGAGGCCGUCGACGAAGAGGAAAAAGAGAAGAGGGAGGAGGAGGGAGGGGAAGAGGAGGAGGAGGAGGAGGAGGAGGAGGAAGAAGAAGAGGAGGAGGAAGAAGAAGAGGAGGAGGAAGAAGAGGAGGAGGAAGAAGAAGAGGAGGAGGAAGAAGAAGAAGAGGAGGAGGAGGAGGAGGAGGUUCCGACGAAGGAGAAAAACGCUCUGGGCUCAAAUCAUCAGAAACCCAGAUCCUCGCUCUCUUCAAUUUCACCUUUCGAUCGCGAGCUCGUCGGAAUCAUCGUUGAAACUAUGAGUCUUUCACGAUCGUCCUCGCAUCUGGCCUUCUCUCUGUACAAGACGGUGCGCGAGACACGAAACAGUGUCUUCGCCCAGCUCAUGAAAGCAAACUGGGCUCAUCUUGACGUUGUGACUAGGGAACUUCGUUCGAAGGGGCUCUGUGGACAUGUGCCUGGAAAUCAGGACGACCUUCCUCGGAGAGGACGCCCGAAGCGAAACACAUCUAUGAAUGAAGAAGGUGGUACUGCGGGUAUGUCAGAAACAGACAUCAUGUGGGUGUCCGAGUUUGAGAGGGUCAUGACAGAGUCAGCAGAUAGGUAUGGCAUGUUUGGUAUGGUUGAAAGUAGUUUUCGAAAUGAGAGUCGGAAUCUUCCUCUGCCUUUUUCCUCCCGUUUCUUCUAUGUUCCCGACUGCGAUCCGGAUGUGGAGCGAGCCCAACUCAUCAGACUCACUAUGCCAGGCUCGGGGAAACGUAGCGAGACGAAAAAAUACAAGCAAUACUACUGGAAACCUGUUGGAAAGUAA